AUGAAGGAAAAACAAGAGAGCGAGCGAGUGAGUUUGGGAAAUGACGACGAAUACUUCAACAACAAGAAAUAUUACGAUACUAUUGAACUUUGUGAAUUGGUUGGAGAUGAUGAGGAAACAUUGAAUCAGUCACGUUCUCUUAACUCUGUCUUAUUGAAUUAUCAAUUAGAUUAUUUCAUGAGAAGGCUUUCUUUAUUAUUAUUACCUGCACGUUAUGAGCUUACAUCAAAGAAUUUACAAAUGAACAUGGAGAAUGAAAUCUUUUCAAAAUUAUGA